UAAAAACACUCUUAAUGCUUCCCCUUCUCCUUUUCCUGCUAUCUAUCAUUCUUUCUCUACUCAUCUCUGUCCUUUAUCUAGUCAUCUAUAUUCUACUGUAUCUUCUUCUUCUUCUUCCUCUUUGGUAUCUCCUAAACCCAGUGGUCACACAUCUCGUCCUCAUCCUUGCUUGUCUUCUUGUCCAUUUCCUUUUCUUUCUUCUCCUCUUCUCCUACUUUUUCUUGUUAUUAUUUUUAUUCUUCUUCUUCUUCUUCCCCUUGUUGCAAAAUGGAUGGCACAAGAUACUCUACAGCCACCGUUUAAGGUCUGUCAAAGAUCAGACGUACCACACAAGCCCAGAAGGUGACAAGUUGGAUACCUAAGAAAGGCAGCAGGCAUGCUUGUCGGAUGGUGGGACUGUGGGAGCGGUCAUAUAUAGAAUCAGAUCAGAUGGUCUAGAUCAUCUUCAUCUUUAAAGGUCCAAUGGACUCUAUAUUUUAUACGCAUUAGGACCAUUUCACAAUAGGGAUGUCCGGGCUGGACUAUCCAUCUCUCACCUUGCAAAUCCAGAGGGUCGCUCACCUUGCAAGCUGGGCACAAGUCUGCACCCAUCCACUCCCAGAGGAACAACAAAUUUGGUUGUUUGUCAAACAAUUCAUUACUCAUAUGCAUGCUGCCAAUUUGGGACGGUGAUCGGAUCUUAAUGUCCAAAAUCAACAAAUCCGUCCGGUCCACACUAUAAUUCUCUGAAGUUGCCAACUACUGUUAUAUUGUAUAUUGGCUACUAUUUUAUUCAUUUGUAGCUCAAGAGUCGAGCCAACUAGCACAUACUAUGUGUGUAAUAUUUGCAUAACUUCAAAACUAGUGUAGUCUAUAUAAUCAAUCGACUGUUGCACACACACACAAACACAC